UAGGUGCGAACGCGCGAUAGGAAGGCUGAGGGCCUGUACGUUCCAAGUGUCAGACACCACGCCUCUGCCUCCUACACCUCCUACCAGCCUAUUCCCCCGUCUAGGCUUACUCUUUCUUACACCCUAUAAGUGCAAUCAGGAGGUUGUGAAGAGGCUUUGCAUAGUGAAACGAGAGGAAAAGUUAAAAGCACUGGUGAUAGCUUAAUUAAUUGUGGCAGGAAUUAUUGUUUUAUCGUGAAAAUUUUGUUGGUCGACUUGGGAGUACUGUGGUGGUGGACGGAUAUGUUGGUGGAGUGUGGUGGUGCGUGAUGCUGGGGCGGUGAUGGUGUAGUGUGUGUUCCAGGCCCCCCCUAAGCACCUGCCUCAUGCGCUUCGACAACUUGCAGGAGCUCGGCCACCUUGUCAACUCCCCGCUCAACUCCCCCCCUCCUCCUCUCACCCCUUUGGGCGUGGGCGGCAGCAUGGCAUACCACCCGUUCCUUCUCCAGAGACCCACAGACUUCAGCGUCAACUCCCUCCUUACCCAGUCGCCGUCGUAUCUCCCGACGCUUGGGCUGCCGGCGGCGGCGGCGGCAGCAGCGGCAGCGGGCUCGCCCAAUCCCUACAGUCUUCUGCCCAAGUUUCCUGGGCAUCUGGGGCACCCCUUCACUACUGCCGAGGAUGUGCUCUCACAGUCACACAUGCGCCCGCUGCGCUCGCUCCUGCCCGAGGAGGACGGUGUGGUGGACGACCCCAAGGUGACCCUCGAGUGUAAAGACCUAUGGGAAAAGUUCCACAAGCUGGGCACGGAGAUGGUCAUCACAAAGUCUGGCAGGUAAGACCCAGAGGCACCAAUAGUGCCGCCUACAUCUAGCCAGGUAGGCCUAC